GGGGAGGCAACAAAACUUAGGACCUCUAUCAUAAGUGAUAAAAAGUCUUUAGGUAAACUUAGCAUAAUUUAGUAUAUAUUUAGUAGACUAGAUAUUUUUGGCACCUUGGUUCAAUGUUGGAGGUUUUCUUGCGCCCCGGGGUCUGUAUGUAUGUACCCUUGUCCAAGCGGGCAUGAGGCAUGAUCAUAAUGUGACGGCCAUACUUAAGUCCAGUAGCCAACCUCUAUCCAGUUGCCCAUCGGGUUUCCCAGAUAACUCUUGGCCACCCGCACGAAGUCUUUCAUGAUUGAUCGUUCGAAUCCAACAAUAUGGAAGCUAUCGAAAUUGACGGAUGUGUAUUGUUUCUCUACAACUGAUGCUCUGUAUCAGCUGAGCCAGCUUUUUGGCAUAAAGCUUGUCGAUGUUCAAAGUCAAUUCGCUAAGUGUUCAACCACAAGCCUUUACGCAACCGUAUCCUUGGGUCAAUUGGGAUGCCCAUCGCAAGCGAGGCACUUGUGAUCAUAGUUGACAUAACGUAACAGGAGGGUGCGGAUCAUCAAUUCCUCGUUGAUUUCCACGUAGAAAUCUUCGAUAUAUCCUUUCCCCGUUAUCCAUUAGUCCUCCAUUGGGAAGCAUAUUCUUGCCGAGGCUGAAGAGAAGAUUGCUUUGGUUAUCGAUAAAAAUGACGAGGCUGGGUCUUGCUCUGAAAUGAGCCCCACUUGAAGCUAGCUCUAGGACACUGGAAAAAGUAUACCCCUUCGACCGACUUCACAAUGGUUCUACACAACCCCAACAACUGGCACUGGGUCAACAAGGACGUCUCAGCAUGGGCCAGGUCCUACUUUGACGAGAGCCUCACAAAGGUUCAGGCCGAGGAGGGUGAGGUCAAGGCCAAGAUUGAUAAGAUCCAGAGCAUGGAUGGUGAUGUCGAUGUCAGCCAACGCAAGGGCAAGGUGAUUACCAUCUUUGACGUCAAGCUGGUGCUUCAAUAUUCUGGUAAGGGAUUGCGGUGACUUUGACUUUGACUGCAGACAUGACAACUAACCAUUCAGGAUCUGCUCCCGGUGAGGAUGAUGUUUCUGGUACCAUUACUGUGCCUGAGAUCGCCCACGACACGGAAGAAGACGAGUACGUGUUCGACGUAGACAUCUUUGCCGAGUCCAAGGAGAAGCAACCCGUGAAGGAUCUCGUCCGAUCAAAGAUCGUGCCUCAGCUGCGCCAGGAAUUCCAGAAGCUUGCCGGCGCCCUCAUCGCCGAGCAUGGCAAGGAUAUUCAGCAUGCCCCCGGCUCCAACCCCUCGAGCGGCUUCUCGACUCCCAAGAUUCACCCUCAGAGCUCCACUCCUAAGCCUGCUGCCACUUCCAGCACUCAAAGUAAGACCGGCGGUGUCGUAAACACCACUACCGUGACCGACAACGAAGAGUUCCGAACUACUGCUGAAGAGCUGUACCAAACCUUUGUCGACCCCCAACGAAUCGCUGCUUUCACACGGUCUCCCCCCAAGGUCUUCGAUGGCGCCAAGGUUGGCGGAAAGUUUGAGCUGUUCGGUGGCAAUGUGUCUGGCGAGUAUCUCGAGCUUGAAGAGCCUAAGAAGAUCACCCAGAGCUGGCGACUGAACCAGUGGCCUGCCGGUCACUUCUCCAAGCUGCACAUCGAGUUUGACCAGAACGACGUCGACCACGUUACCGUUAUGCGAGUCAAGUGGGAGGGUGUUCCUAUCGGCCAGGAGGAUGUUACCAAGCGUAACUGGCUCGAGUACUACGUCAAGAGCAUCAAGCAAACUUUCGGCUUCGGCACCAUUUUGUAAGCAAGCUACAAGACUAAGGAGUCGUGGAGUUGGGAUAAAUACAAGGUUAAUACGCUCUCUAGAUGAGGGUAGUGACGGGGGGUUGCAUAGUCGCUGCUGUGGCGGAGGAGGGCGAGGGUCGUCUUGGGUGAUCUACACAAGACCUAGAAGCGUGUGGUUACGAUAUCAUGAGAGACGUAAAGUAAAAUGAAAUAAUGCAUCAAUGCUGAAGAGCCAUAUCGUGUCAUAAGUCAUCCGAAGUAUGUCUAAUUCGCCACGUGUUGGCAUAGUAUCUCGCACAUCAAACUCAUUGUCCCGUUCGUCCUUUAUUCUUUGUUUCCUCCGAGUCACUCUGCUGUCCAUCAGAUGAUACACCGGGUUUCAACAUGGCAUCUUCUUCCCCUCCCUUUCGCGUUGAAAGCCGCAGUUUGCCCAGAUCAGACUCCGCCACUGUAUAUCCAGACGCCAAGCCAGUCACUUUAUUAGACAGAGCCAUUUUCUCGGUCCCAGCCAGAAAGACAUGCUGCCCCAUCCAGGAAGUCAAUGCUGG